AGCAGCGAGCGGCCUCCGAGAGCGGCGGCGGCGGCGGCGUCCGGAGCGAGCGCGGCGCGCGCUAGGCGCCCGGGGCAGGAGGCGGCGGCGGCCCAGCGCCAGGACGACGCCGCGCAGCGCCGGACGCGGACCACUUUCAUGCUGAUUCCCCCGGACCCGGGCAGAGCUCCGGCCACUCCGCGGGCCGCCGGCCUCCGCCCCGGCCUGCCUGGCUCCCAGGGCGCGCCAGCGCCCGGCGCCUCCGCUCUCCCUGUCCUCCUGAUUUCGAUGGCUUUCCUGAAUGGCUGACUGUGGGCUGCCCUGGACUUGGCCCCCGGACAGUCGCCUCUCCUUCUCCUCUUCCUCCUCUUCCUCCUCCUCCUCCUCCUCCUUCUCCUCCUCCAACUCCUCCGCUGCACACUAGAUCUGAGAGCGAGAGAGUGAACGAGAGAGGGAGAGAGGGAGGGAGAGUGAGAGCGAGCGAGAUCUUUAGAGAGAUUUUUUUUUUUGCCUCCUACUUCUGUCUUGAAGCCAGACAAUCGACUUGCAGCUCUCCCUCCCCUCCCUCUCUCCACGUUCUGCUCCCACUCUCUUUCCCCUGUCCCCUCGCCUUCCCCUCUUGACGGAAAGCCCCCCGAAACCAACAAAGCUGAGCCGAGGGGAAACAAACAAAACAAACACACCGGGCCAGACAGCAAUCGACAAAACUUUGCAAAAGCAAAAACAACAACAACAAAAAAAACAAAAAAAAAACAAAAAAGGAAAAACUAACCAACCUCAAAUCAACUAGCCCUGAGCCACCCGGGGCGCCCUCCCGCGCCCUCUCGCACCCUCGCACACACAAAAGGCGGCGCGCCGGAGCCCGAGACCCGGGAGCCGCCGCCACCCCGCCGCCGCCCGCAGCCAGGGGAGCAGAAGUCCGGACGCGGCCCCCAUAGAUAUGGCAAUGGUAGUCAGCACGUGGCGCGACCCCCAGGACGAGGUGCCCGGCUCUCAGGGCAGCCAGGCCUCGCAGGCGCCGCCCGUGCCGGGCCCGCCGCCUGGCGCCCCGCACACGCCACAGACGCCGGGCCAAGGGGGCCCAGCCAGCACGCCGGCCCAGACAGCGGCUGGCGGCCAGGGCGGCCCUGGCGGCCCGGGCAGCGACAAGCAGCAGCAGCAGCAGCACAUCGAGUGCGUGGUGUGCGGGGACAAGUCGAGCGGCAAGCACUACGGCCAGUUCACGUGCGAGGGCUGCAAGAGCUUCUUCAAGCGCAGCGUGCGGAGGAACCUGAGCUACACGUGCCGCGCCAACCGGAACUGUCCCAUCGACCAGCACCACCGCAACCAGUGCCAGUACUGCCGCCUCAAAAAGUGCCUCAAAGUGGGCAUGAGACGGGAAGCUGUACAGAGGGGCAGGAUGCCACCCACCCAGCCUACCCACGGGCAGUUUGCGCUGACCAACGGGGACCCCCUCAACUGCCACUCGUACCUGUCCGGAUAUAUUUCCCUGCUGCUGCGCGCGGAGCCCUACCCCACGUCGCGCUUCGGCAGUCAGUGCAUGCAGCCUAACAACAUCAUGGGCAUCGAGAACAUUUGCGAACUGGCCGCACGGAUGCUCUUCAGCGCCGUUGAGUGGGCCCGGAACAUCCCCUUCUUCCCUGACCUGCAGAUCACGGACCAGGUGGCCCUCCUUCGCCUCACCUGGAGCGAGCUGUUCGUGUUGAAUGCAGCACAGUGCUCUAUGCCCCUCCAUGUCGCCCCGCUCCUUGCCGCUGCUGGCCUGCACGCUUCACCCAUGUCAGCCGACCGGGUGGUCGCCUUUAUGGACCACAUACGGAUCUUCCAAGAGCAAGUGGAGAAGCUCAAGGCACUGCACGUCGACUCCGCAGAGUACAGCUGCCUCAAGGCCAUAGUCCUGUUCACCUCAGAUGCCUGUGGUCUGUCUGAUGUAGCCCAUGUGGAAAGCUUGCAGGAAAAGUCCCAGUGUGCUUUGGAAGAGUACGUUAGGAGCCAGUACCCUAACCAGCCAACACGGUUCGGAAAGCUUUUGCUUCGCCUCCCUUCCCUUCGCACGGUCUCCUCCUCAGUCAUAGAGCAAUUGUUUUUCGUCCGUUUGGUGAAGUUGAGCACUCUAAUUAGCAAGCUGGAGGAAUCACAUCAACACUUAGCUUCCCCUACCCCCACCCCAUACCACGGACAAACCUAGCUUUUUAAAAUAAAAAAUAUUUUAAGAAAGAGAAGGAACUGUGGAAUUUAUUGGCAGCCAAGGAAUGUGUCCAAGACACAAGCUGAGGUUUUGAAUAAAAAGUGAACUUUUGUAAUUUGAAUUGGGUCCCCCCCCCCUUAGUUCUUGAAUUGUUAUGAAUCCUAUAUCUGUUUGUAUAUUUGCAAGCCCUUUGUAUUAUAAUUGUUGAUAUUUCCCCUUUUUAAAAACUACCAUUGAAAUCAGCAUGACAAAAUAACACUGUUGGCACUUAUAGGUAACGUGAUUGAUUCAGUAUCUUAGAGUUUACAGUUUGUGUUUUUAAAAAACUGAAGGUUUUUUUUUUUAAGUGCAACAUUUCUGUAUACUGUAAAAGUUAUAAUAACUGAACUGUUUGGUCGAGUCUUUGUGUGUUAUAUUCCAAGGAAAAUUGAAAGUAUUCAGAAAUUAAAAUAUUAUUUGAUAUCUGAAAUCUGCUUGGCUGUCCCCACUCACUGUCUUUCCAUCGAGCUGUGCCCCUUUGAGUUCUCCCUGAGCCAGCGGGGGCCCCGUUUGUUUACUCCCUCAAUCAGUUUGUUCAAAGGUAGACUAGUGUAUUUGCCUGUUUAAUUUGGGGGUGUUUGUGGGGGGAGCUGAAGUUAAUGGUUUAUCUAUGGUUUAGGAAGUGCCACACUGAUAUAGUAAACCACCCCCAUUCACCUAAUCCUCCUUUUAAUUAAAAAUGGAUUUUCCAGGAAAAAAAAAGGCCCUUAUAUUUGUCACACUUAAGUGCCUGCUUAGGGAAGGUAUUGUGAAAAGUAUUAGAAAUCUUGAGAUCAGUAUCUAUUUUAUGAUCAGAAAAAAUGCUCUUUUGUACAUUUCUGACAGUUAUGCAGAGGGCUGCUCAAGCAAGCUAAUCACAGAACUGUAAAUAGAGGGCAGUUGUUUGCAAUGAGUUUUUCCUUAAAUAAGUGGGAUUUUUUUUUUUUUUUAAAUAUCCUGUGGUUCUCAUCUAGCGUGGCUGUUGAGAGGAUUUUGAAUACAGUGAUGUAGCUGCUAGCGAUGAAGGGUCUGUUUUUCUUGUAUAUAUAUGAUAACUUGCAGUUACCCUGCCUUCCCCUCCCCCUCCCUCUUCAGUCUGUUGAGAGCAUGGCCACAGGUCAAGGGAAUCUUUACCAUUGGAAUUAUGUACAUAAAAAAAAUGGCCAUUUGGACAUUUCAGAUUGUAUAAAAACAAUCUGCACUGCUCUGGGAUCCUUUGGUCUUAGAAACCAAUUUUGAGUGAGAGAGAUAGAAAAAGGGAGAGAGAAAGAGAGAGAGAGAGAGAGAGAGAGAGAGAGAGAGAGAGAGAGAGAGAGAGAAUAAAGAAAAGUUUACAGGGUGUGCUGAUUGAUUUGGGAAGUCAACUAUUUGGUUCAGUCCCUUAUUCUCUUUUCCUGGUUUGGAAAGAGCUCAGUGCUGGGAACUUGCAAUUUGUUCUUCUUUAGACUUUCCAAGCUGCCCUCCCUGACAACACUUCUACCAUGUUGUGGUUUAAUCUUAAAAUGAGGGAGGGGGCUGGUGACAGAGGUGAAAGAAAGGAGAUCGGUUUGCCAAGUGCAUUAAACUUCGAUGCUCAGUUCUGCUUCAUACAUGCAGACCUGAAAACCUAGCCUGAUUUAGGCAGAGAUCUCUAUCUGACUCUCAGCUUCCCUCUGUAGAUAUAUAGAUAUAUAAAUAUGAAUAUGAAUAUAAGUAUGUUUUACAGCACAGCAUUUGACCUGUAGAUGGAGGUUUUGUUGGUUGUUUAUUUUCCCCUCUUGCAAGUGCUACCCAUGUGAGUGUGUGAAGUUUCUCUACUAAGUAAAACACAGGCCCUUUUCCUUGUUUGCUUUGUGUUAGCUUAUUGUAAACAGCCAUUUGUUGUAAAUUAUUAUUGGCAUUAAAUUAUAAUUUAUGAUUUUCAAAGCAAAA